AUGCAGGAACUUCUUGAACUCCAGCGUACAGAACACUGGAGCACAGGAAGAACUGAAGCAAUCAGUACAAACAAGAUCACUGCAUUAGGUCUUGAGAUCCAAACAUAUGGUCACCACUCAAAUAUGCUUAGAUACAUUCUGAAAUCAUCCGAUUUUCUUACAAAACCAAAUGCAAUCGACUUGAUAGCAAAAGCUAUUAAGAAACCUGUUCGUGUCCAUACAAGAAUUUCACCCAACUCGGCACAAUUCCUUCAAUCAUGGACCUUGAACUGUUUGGCUGAUCCUGUUGAAUUUGCGAAAGCAGUAUCCACAUAUUUUACCGAAGAUCCGGCAAAUUCACGCGUGUUUUCAGGCGUAACUUUUCCAUCAAUGUAUCAUCAUUUUAUUACUAAUGAAUUAGCAUCAGUCGCAUGUGAUUUUCUAGAAACACUAUUUAAUGUAGCAGACAUUAAUCUGUUUUCUAUGUUCUUUGCUUCAUUCCUUUUGACGAAUCACGGUUUUAUUGGAAAUCUAUGGUCAAAAUACUCAGAUCUUGAAUUAGCAACAAAUCCAGUAGCAGAUUCAGAUUACAUGACAAUAUUUAUUUCAGCUCUAGAAUCAUCAGCAACAUUAUUAACCAAAUAUAAUCUGAAAAUUAUUGAUUUAUUCUACAAAAGACAGCCAGAAAAGAUGGCAGCUACACUUGUACAAGACGUUCUUAUCGCUUCUUUCCUUGAUUACUUCCAAUCUCACGAUCAAGAUAACGAUAACCAUCCAUUGAUUCAAAACCUCGUUUAUGCAGCUACCAAACCGACGUACUCAAGAUUCAAUCUUAUUUUGGGAGCUUUACAAACGCCAUAUCCUUGUUUCAUUUUACCUCACGAAAUAUUACAAUACGAAUCCAGAACACCAAUGGUUUUGGCAUCCCAUGAAUGUUUACUUCUUCAAAAGAUCAUUAUCAACAAUGAAAAAUUAAGAAAAUUCAAAGUUGUUCAAAGUUUACUGCUAAAAGAUAGUUUAAACAACGAUUUCGAACCAUUAUUCUUCGAAAUUGCCAUUUCCAAGCAUAUUAAUCUUAUCCAUGUAAAUAUUCCAAGAAUUAUUUUCCCGAAAUUGGAGAAAAAGAAGAAUCAAGGCAAGCAAGAGUACAAGAGGUACUGGAACAUGGUCAAACAAGAGCUUUUGAACCCUCUUGAGAUAUUUACAUCAACAGGAGAUACAAUACAAACGAAGAAUUUAAUUGAUAAAAUUAAAGUUCUCAAAGAUCCAGGUUUCCAAGAGUACGCGUGUUCAGAUAUCUUCGAUGUUAUCGUAGGUGCACAAGAUUACUUCGAAAUGAAUGUUGAACUGUUAGAUGCUUCAACAAAAAUCGAAAAACUCAACACGAAGUACGAAUCAUAUUUCAUGGACAGAAUGUCAGUUGUUUGGCACACAAUAUUCAGCAAUGAAGUACUUCUUGGCCCAGAUUUCGUCGUUUCUAGGCAGAAAAAGCGAAGAAAUUCAUUUGCCUCAUUCAAAAUCAAAGCAGAGGAACUUCCCCAACCGCCAGUCCUCAGAAAAGCUGUUGAAUGUCCUCUUCGAAAACUACAGCCAAUCAUUGUUUCCAAUGAUGUUAAUGAGAAAGUAGUGAACCAAUCCUCAUCACUGAUUGUCAAAGUUGAAAUGAAUGUCGAAGGUGUCGACAUGAAUGAGAAGAUGCACAAACUUUUGACAAAAGUUGUUAUGCCAAGUGCUCGUUUAUGUAUCUACAUGAAGUGUUUUGAUGAUAACCUUGUUGAAAAGUCCGAAAAACUUAGCCAGAUCAUCACAAAAGUCAGCAAAACAAUCAAAACAGUUCAUUUCGAGAGCGAACUCGACGAACAUCCUAUCAAUUCUCUCAUGAUCAAGUUCCUUAACGAAUCGGCGUCAUCGAUGAUCAGCAAUGUCAUCAACUACUACAAACGACUUGAAAUCAUCAAACGAAUGAUGAAAGAAGUUUGCAAGAUGAAGAACGGCUCUGCAUCAUACGCUAUCACACGAAUUGCUAUAACAAUCGAGAGUUUUGUUGCUAAACUUAUUCCAAAGACAAAUCAUUACUUCUAUCCUAUCUGUUCUUCUAUUGCAGCUGCAGCAAUUGUUGAAUCCGAGAAUUACGACUUUGUUAAGAAAUACUUACUUACAGAGCGUCUUUGGACUAAUUAUCCAGACUUCCACAACUUGUGUGUUGGCGAUGGCCAGGACUACUUCUUCCUUCAGACAACUGUAUUCGAGAUACUUAACAUCUGCGGUAAGGAUGUCAUAGAGAAAGCUACAGAUUUCAUUAAAGAAAAAGUUGGAUGA